AUGAGCCCAAAACACGUCGUCUUCAAGAAGUUUUUGCGAGACAAAUCGAUUGGUGUGUACAUGGGGAAGAGGGACUUUGUGGAUUACUGUGAUUUUGUGGAACCCAUAGAUGGCGUUGUCGUCGUUGACCCUGUACUACUCAAAGGGAAAAAAGUGUAUGUCAGCAUAUCCUGUACCUUCCGCUACGGCCCAGACGACCAGGAGGUCAUCGGUAUAAAGUUUUGCAGGGACAUCUACAUGUGCACCCAUCAGGUGUACCCUCCCUUGCUGGACAGAGACAAGGGCAUCCACACCAGGACGCAGGAGAGACUGCUGCAUAAGCUUGGGCAGAAUGCUCACCCAUUCUUCUUCGAGUUACCAGACAACCUGCCGUGCUCCGUGUGUCUACAGCCAGCUCCUACAGAUGUUGGGAAGUACUGUGCUGUGGAAUUUGAAGUCAAGGCUUUUGCUGCAAAGGAUAAGGAAGAUCAAGUCCAAAAACGGAACUGUGUGAGCUUGGCAAUACGCAAGGUGCAAUAUGCUCCAGACCAGGGUGGUGCCCCUCCCUCAGUGGAGACCAUUCAUGACUUUUCUACACCUGACAAGCCUCUCUAUCUGAAAGCCAGCUUGGAGAAGCAGACUUACUAUCAUGGGGAGCCAAUUAAAGUGCAAUUGAACAUCAACAACAACUCCAACAAAACAGUGAAAAUCAUCAUAAUUACAGUGGAGCAGGUGGCUAAUGUGGUGCUGUAUUCUAAUGACAGCUACAUGGAAAUUGUGGCCACAGAGGAGCCUUUGGACACAGUGGAUCCUGGUGACAGCCUGGACAAGGAAUAUUCCAUCCUGCCCCUCCUGGCUAAUAACCGCCAUAAGAGGGGUAUAGUUCUGGAUGGGAAGCUGAAACAGGAAGACACCAACCUUGCCUCUUCAAGCAUUAUUAAAGAUGAAGUCCUGAAAGAGGUUCUGGGAAUCUUGGUGUCCUAUAGGCUGGUGGUCAAGCUCAUCGUUGGCGGGUUAUUUGGAACCAGUGACGUCCAAGUGGAGCUGCCUUUCCAGCUGAUGCACCCCAGACCUGACCUAGAGAAAGAAAGUGACCAGGAGGAGGUGGACUUCCAGGACUUCAAGCGCCAGGACUCCAAAGAGAUGGUCAAUGAUGAGGAAGAAGAUGUGCCGCCUGUCGGGGAAUGAGGGGCCCUGGGUGUGCUGUCACCUUGAGGAAUGUCCCCUCAAGAUAAAUGCCAGCGCUUCAGUGGCUUCGCAGAGGGUUAGGCAGGUAGGAGUAGGAUUAGGUCGCUAAUCCUAUAGCUCACAGCUGCUGUCCCCUUAUCCAUAAAUUGAGACUUUAAUAUGACCCGUGAGUCUUCUUCUUCUUCCCAGUGAGUGGUGGCCAUUUUGUGCAGGUAGACUUACAGCCCUAUUAUUGAAAGUAGUUAAAGAAUUACUAUGCUC